AUGAGCAGUCAAUCCCUCCCUGUCCGCAGUGCCAAUGGUAGCAGCAAUGGCGACAACAAGACAGUCCGCGACGAACGCACCGUCCCACCGAUGGGCAUGACGUCGCAUCAGUUCAACAGUGCAGCAACAGAGGCCAUCCAGGACAUCACAAACUACUACGACAAUAUAACCGAACGCCCUGUCCUUCCUUCAGUCGAGCCUGGCUACCUUGCGAAACUACUACCCCAAUCACCGCCGACCGAAGCCGAGAGCUGGGACAAGAUCCGCGCAGACAUGGAAUCCAAGAUCAUGCCCGGCAUGACACAUUGGCAGAGUCCAGACUUCAUGGCCUUCUUCCCAGCCAGCAGUUCAUACCCAGGUAUGAUGGGAGAAUUGUGGUCUGCAGCAUUGACCGUGCCCGCCUUCAACUGGCUCUGCUCGCCCGCCGUCACCGAACUCGAGACUAUUGUUAUGGACUGGGUCGCCCAAAUGCUCGCUCUGCCCGAGUGCUUCCUCUCCAAAGGCAAAGGUGGUGGUGUCAUUCAGGGUUCCGCCUCUGAAGCCAUUGUCACCUGCAUGGUCGCAGCACGCGAACGCUACGUCACAAGAACCCUCGAGAAAGAAGGCGUUGUCCUCACCGAAGAACAAAAGGAGGAUCGCUCUGCAGAAAUCAGGAGCAAACUCGUUGCCCUGGCCACAAAACACACCCACAGUUCUACCCACAAGGGUGCAAACAUUGCAGGCACAAGAUUCCGUAGCAUCGACACUUCGCUGUCUAAUGCGUUCGCCCUUCAAGGCCACGAACUUCGUUCCACUAUCGAGAAGCUAAAAGCACAAGGCCUCGAGCCCUACUUCUUGACCGUAUCGCUGGGAACAACAAACACUUGCGCUGUCGACGACUUUGCCUCAAUCGCAGAAGUCAAGAGAGAUUAUCCCGAUAUCUGGAUCCACGUCGAUGCUGCCUACGCUGGUGUCGCACUGGUACUGCCCGAAUACCAACAUUAUUGCAAACACUUCUCCACCUUCGAUUCCUUUGACACAAACAUGCACAAAUGGCUGCUUACCAACUUCGACGCUUCAUGCCUAUUCGUCCAAAACCGUCGCGAUCUGACAGAUGCAUUGUCAAUCACACCAGCCUACCUUCGCAACAACUUUUCAGACCAAGGCCUCGUGACCGACUACCGCGACUGGCAAAUNCCCCUCGGUCGCCGCUUCCGCGCUCUUAAAGUCUGGUUCGUCAUCAGAACAUGGGGAGUCGAAGGCUUGAGAGCACACAUAAAGCACCAUCUCAAAUUAUCCGAUCUCUUCGUCGACCUCGUCAAGAGCAGAAGCGAUCUCUUCAGCAUCAUCACACCACCCGCUUUUGCUCUUUGCGUCUUGACAGUAAACCCAACACUCAAACAGCGCGCCCCCAAACCUUCAACCACAGAAGGCGAACCGGACGCCGAGAAUAGUGUUCCCUACCAAGACUCUCACAUUGCCGUCAUUCCUCAACAACCCGAUUCAGAAGUUUUGGAACAGGCAAAUGCGAACACGAAGAAAGUAUAUGAGAUUGUGGAUGAGAGCAAGAAGGUGUUCUUGACGAGUUCUUUGGUGGGGGAUGCGUAUGCUAUUCGUGUGGUUAGUGCGAACCCGUUGGCUAGUGAGGAGGGUAUUAGAAAGGUAUUUGGGUUGCUUGUUGAGGCUGCCGAGAGUGUGCUUGAGGUUGCAAAGUAG